GCUCAAGACAAAAAGCAAAAUUUGGAGGUGAGAAAUAGAGUUUAGACAGCUGGCCGAAUCGGGAAUAGUGCGAUGGGCUCUUCCCUUCCUCUUCCUCCUCCUCUUCUUCUUGUUCUCUGAUAGAAGAAGAGAAGAGAGAACAAGGAGAGAAGAAUGUCUGGGAAAACAUUCGGCGGGUUGAAGAUCCAGGCAGGCAAGAAGAACAAGCUGAGCAGUUCCAAAGCAGCGCCGACAGAGCAGCGGCGGUCGAUAUUCGGCGACGAUGAUCUGCUCGAGAACGCGUCUGACGAGGACCUCGACGACGAGAAGCAGACGACGAAAGACAGCGCGAGGAAGUUCCAGCCUCCGUCGCGGGGGAGCAGUAACAGCAGCCGAGCAGCGGUGAAUACAGAGCUGAUCGCGCACGCGAUGCAUAACCAGCAGCUGACAAAGUCGGUCGAGGAAGAAGUCGAUCCCUCGAUCUACGCCUACGACGACGUCUACGACACGAUGAAAUCCGCCGAACGCAGUGCGCGCGCGCAACUCGUCGGCGACGGCGAGUCACAGAAAAAAGACGGGCGGAAGAGUAAGUACAUCGACACGCUGCAGGAGUCGCUCAAGAUGCGCACGCAGGACCGGUUGCUGGCGCGGGAUAAGCUGAAUAAACGCGAGCGCGAGGAGGAAGGGGAUGAGUUUGCGGCGGCGCCGGUGUUUGAGAGCGCGGCGUUUAAGCGGCAGAAGGCAGAGUUGGAGAAGACGAGGGCGGAGGAGGAGGAGAAGGAGAGGAAGGAGAAGGAGAGGAAGAGUAGGGGUGGAGGGGCGGGGCUGGUUGGGGUUUAUCAGAAGAUUCUGAAGCAGAGUGAGGGAUCGCAUGAGGCACAGGUCAGAGCUGCUGCUGCUGCUGCGUCUGCCAAAGCAGUGAAGGAUGAGGACACUCGGAGGAAAUAACCGGUUGAAUAAAUACAAAACGUCUCGCUAUCUGCCGUGUGUAAAAUCCAUGUAUAGAGAUGGACAUACAGA